AUGGCUUCCACCGGGGUAGGGACAUAUUCGAACCCUUUGAAGAAGUUCAAGUAUGUUUUUUGCGCGUCGCCUAUCUUUGGAAAGACGUCCUUGAUCACAAGAUUCAUGUACGAUUCGUUCGAUAACACAUACCAAGCGACCAUCGGUAUCGACUUUUUGUCAAAGACUAUGUACCUUGAAGAUAGAACCGUGCGUCUGCAACUUUGGGAUACCGCUGGCCAGGAGCGAUUCCGAUCGUUGAUUCCUUCGUACAUCCGAGACUCGAGCGUCGCCGUGGUUGUUUACGACAUCUCCAACGCCAAGUCAUUCCAGAACACACGAAAAUGGAUCGAUGAUGUGCGCGGAGAACGUGGGAACGACGUGAUUAUUGUUUUGGUGGGCAACAAGACGGACCUUAACGACAAGCGGGAGGUUACAACAGCCCAGGGUGAAGAGGAGGCGAAGAGGAAUGGAUUGAUGUUUAUCGAGACCAGUGCAAAGGUUGGUCAUAACGUGAAACAAUUGUUCCGGCGGAUAGCCCAAGCACUCCCCGGAAUGGAGGGCGAGGGCGCCAACCAAAACAACCAAAUGAUUGAUGUCAAUAUUACACCCAAGGAGACCACGAGCAACGACGGAUGCGCCUGCUGA